AACAACGUUAUAUUAUUAUAUUUGUAUUUACUAUUUUGUUUUGAAGUUUUGAACAUCGAUCGGGAUUCGGGACUACAAACUCCAAUAGCGUCUGGCUAGCGCCACUAGGGAGUCAACACUCAAUAGCGUUUGACUACUGUUCGAUGAGUGUCUGAGUUGAGGCGUUUAUCUUUACAUUUUUAUUACUUUUUUUGCCUCCACCCGCAUCCUGCCAACUCCUGCUGAACAACUACUUAGCACAUUCGUAGUAAGCGUCCGGACUCUGGACAAGCAGUGGUAUUAUCUGUUGCUUAAAAACGUGAUCUCCAUUUUCCGUGGUUCCAGGUGGUGAUCAGUAGUGGUUCCAUCUCCGCUUCUACUUCGGGAAUAAAGUUCUCAGAUAGAUAAAAUUAUGGGUAGUCCACCAAGAGCAUGGGAAAAUAAUGAGGACAUUAUGGAAGUAGAAAAUUUGUAUAGUGCUUUUUUUGCAAGAGAUAAUAUAGAUAUUUUAAAUGAUGUACCAGAUAUUUUGGCUGCUGGUCUAAGAAUUACUUCACGGUUUAAUCCUCCACCAGAACCAAUACCUCCAGUACCACCUGCGAUUCCACUAAAUUUGGUCAAUAUUCCAACUGUAGAUUUAGAUGCAGAAGAUUCAGUAUCUGAUGCAGCUGAUGAAGAUUAUGAAGAUUAUGAUGCUUAUGAAGAUGAUGAAGAUUCUCGUUCAUCAAGUGCAAUCAUGAUGUCAAUUAAUCGAACAACUCCAAGACCAGGAAGAUUUUCAGAAUCUUCAAAUGACUCUUCUGAAGAAUCUUUAAUAGGAUUUCCUAUAGAUCCUCCAGCAGGAUCCCCAGUAGGAUUUCCUAUAGAAUCUCCAAUGGAUUCUCUAGCAACAUCUCCAGAAACAUCUCCAGAAUCAUCUGUAGUUGGAUCUCCAGUUGGAUCUCGGGCUACAUCUCCAGUGGGAUCUCGCGCCACAUCUCCAACUAGAUGCCCAGCAACAACUUCAGCAACAUCUUUAAAACGAGCCUAUGAUACUCUUGAAGACGAAAAUUCAAAGGCGGACGAUGAAGCGUUUUCUUGUUCAAUAUGUUUAGAUACUUUGACUAAUACCGGUUUGCAUAGACCUGCUUGUUUGAAAUGUGGUCAUAUUUUUGGAGAGAAUUGUUUACAAAGAUGGAUUAAGACUGGAUGUAAUAGAGAUGCAAAAAGAUGUCCAACAUGUAACAGAAGAGCAAAUGUAAAAGAUAUUAGAGUUUUGUAUGCAAAAAAUCUAGUAGCAGUUGAUACAGCUGAAGUAACUGCUCUUGAACUUAAAGUGGAAAAAGAAAACCGAGAGAAAAAUUUAAUGCAUUUAGAAGCAGAAAAGUGGAAAGUCAAGGCGACUUAUUUAGAUAACGAAGUGAAAAGAUUAAAAACUAUGGUGGAUGCAGAUCUAUUAAAUAAACAGGCAGCUGGUCCUACUUCAUUACGACAAUGUAUUAAAAAAAUUAAUUUGUGCAAGAACUUGGGCUGUAGGGUUAUGGCGUACAAUAAAUAUAGUAUGAUGUUGGUGGUGUCACAGCAUUCUGAGUCUCCAUUAUUCAAUUCACAUGUGAUCAGAAAAUUGAAUGGAUCAAUACUGGAAGCUUCUAAAGAAUGUAUUUUUGCACACAAGAAGCAAAUUCGUGAUAUGGCGUUCCAUCCUUAUGAACAUAAUCUUUUGGCUUCUGUCAGUUUGGAUAAAUGCAUCAGUCUAAUGGAUGUAAAUUGCAAUCAGGUUAUUUCUUCUGUUGAUGUCAAUGAACCGUUAUGGUCAUGUUGUUGGGCUGGUGACAAUACCAACAUGUUGGUUGCUGGUGGUCAAAUGGGGUCCUUAUACUAUAUCGACCGUAGAUAUAUGAAAUUGUUCAAUGCUGAUCAGUCUCGAAAACUUGGUUGUGUUUCUCUCAUUUCCAUCCCACCAUCGACUUCUCGGGCAUUCAUUCAUGGUGGUUUCAUGAAGACCAGAAUGGACUAUUUGUCUAUGUUUGAACAAGAACCUGGAAAAGAAUUGUAUCGCUACACAGAGACUGAAUUGCCUUUGAAAGGACUCUGGACUAAUACUUCUUAUGACUACAAUUCUAAUCUCGUUCUGUCAUCUGCCAAACCCUGUGGCCCCAACAAGUCUGUCAGACAUAUUGUGUCUAAGAUUGCAGAUCACAAUACAGAAGGGCCUGUAAUUACUCCAGUUGUCACUUUUUAUGGCGGAGAUAAGGCUACUCAAUUGUCCCGCUCAUGUUUGGUGCCAACCACCGGUGCAUCGUACGAAGACACACUAGCGUGUAGUUUUGAUGAAAGAUCCAAAACAAUCAAAGUGUUCAAUGUCAAUCAAGGAAACAAUACUCACAAUUUCCAUGUUAAAGAAAACUUUUUGGAUUUGUGCCCCUUAACUGGUAUGAUGAAUAGUGGUAGACGAAUGUUGGCUGGUUUGUCAGAAAAUGCUGUUAGUUUAUUCACUGUUUAGAAAAAAAACCGAAGAAAAUAUUUGUUUUUGUUUGUAUAUGCAUUUAUUACUUAUAAAUUUAAAUUAAAGAUUUUUCCAUGAACAAAAUAAUUGUUGUGCAUUUUGUGCAUAUACAUUUGAAUAUUUGAUUAAACAUUGUGCUAUCCUAUAUUGAUAUAUUUUAAACUUAGUUACUUAGUAAGUUUGAUGUCUGUUGACUUACAAUAUUAUGUGUUUGCUUUUAUAAAUAUUUUAUUGUUAUGAUUUAUUCGCCAUUUAGUUUUAAUUAUAUAAUUUACAUUAAAUUUUCAAAACUAUUUUACAUCUUUAGUCUUAUGAAUUCAUGAUUAUCCAAAAAUAAAAUAAAAAUGUAUCAUAUUGUAAAAAUAUUAUCAAAUCAUGAUAGUAAUAUUACUAGAGUAUGGAUUUUAUAGCACUAAAAAACUAUAGAAAAAGCUUUUAAAGUAAAGCUUUAAAAAUGCUGUAUUAUUUUAUUAAUUAUUCACUCAUUUAUAAAUUGUACUAAAAUUAUGAAUGAUAGUAAUUGGGGCUUGUAUUCACACAAAGCUACUCAAUUUCAAAUUCAUUAAAAAAUUAAAAAAUUAAAUUAAGUAGUACAUAAAUCACUUAAAACUGUAUAAAGGGGUAACAAAAGAGUGCAGGAUUCAAAAACACAAAAUAAAAUUGUUGACAUUUAUACUAUGCCUAUGCAUAAAU